AUGGCCAUUCUCAUAUUAGCGGCUGUUUAUCCUGAGUGCCGACUAUCGGAGAAAGGGAUGGAGUACAUCGGGUCUACGAACAUGACAGAGACUGGAAAAUCAUGCCUCAUGUGGGAUUCCAAAAAUGUGACUUCUUCCUACGAAGACAUGGAUGCAGGAUUCAAUAGAGUCUUGUUCUACGAGGAGCACUUCAUAAACCAGGACCCAUCCUUGCACAAAAACUUCUGCCGAAACCCGACAGGGUUGGAUAGACCGUGGUGCUUUGUCGACGAUAAUGGCUUGAAGAUGGAGUUCUGCCGGAUUCGUCACUGCGGUGAUUUCAAUGGUAUGCGUAUGCCGAAAUUGAUGGUCCAGCCUGUGUUUGCACGUGCAGGCGUGCCAGAAUGCAAGUUGAGCCAGAAGGGAGGGGAGUACGUAGGCGUGAAGGACAAGACCAUCUCUGGCAUCAAUUGCAUUCCAUGGCUUGAUCAAGACAGCAGUGAUGGGGACCGGAUCCGCGGGCUCCGUAAAGGAUCAUUCUCAGAUGAACUCACUAGCAGUCACAAUUUCUGCCGGAACCCGAAUGGGAACCCAGGUGGUCCUUGGUGCAAUAUCAAAGUUCCCGGAAAGCCCAAACUGAAUUGGGAGUAUUGCGAUGUGUCAUUCUGCAAUUUCCACGCUUCACGAAGAGCCCUCGAGGAUGGAGACCAAUACAAGUCAAAUCCUGCAGAAUGCAAACAAACGGAAUCUGGACGAGAGUACUUAGGGUUGAAGAAUGUGACACUGACGGGGAAGGAGUGCCAGCCCUGGCUGAGCCAAACGCCAAACCAACAUAUGACCAUCCUCCACCUGCCGGUAUUCCCAGAUUCUGGCAUGGACAGUCGUCACAACUACUGUCGAAACCCCGAUCUCGAAAAGGAGGGUUGUACGGCCCAUAGC